CGCGCGGAAGCGUCCCAAUGGAGGAGGAGGAGGACGAGGCGGAGCUGUACGUCCCUGUGCGCAAGCGCCGCGCGCUGGCGCUGCAGCAGCAGAAGGAGGCCUCCUCGCUCUCCAAGCCGCGCGACCCAAAGGUGGCGCGGCUGCUGGCAGAGGCGGCGCGCGAGGAGGGCAAGCCAAAGAAGAAGUCGCUGCUCGACGAGCGCGCCGAGCAGCUAGCCUCCGGGACCAUCGUGCCGCCGACCGAGGCCGAGGCCGAGCAGGCCGAGGCGCAGCAGGUGCUCGAGUCGAUCGACAACCAGCACCGGCCGCUGAUGGGCGUGCGGGAGCUCGCAAAGGGCGUCGAGUACACGGCGGCGCUCAAGGUGGGGACGUGGCGGCCGCCGUACCAGAUCCGGCAGAUGAGCGAGGAGGAGCGGCAGGCGAUCCGCGACAAGUGGCACAUCCUCGUCGAGGGCGACGAGAUGCCUCCGCCAAUCAAGUCGUUUCGCGACAUGCGCUUCCCCGAGCCGGUGCUCUCGUACCUCGUCUCGCGCGGGAUCAAGAAGCCGACGCCGAUCCAGAUCCAGGGCCUGCCCGCCGCGCUCGCCGGCCGCGACAUGAUCGGCAUCGCCUUCACCGGAUCCGGAAAGACGCUCGUCUUCACGCUGCCCCUCGUCAUGGUCGCCUUCGAGGAGGAGCGCCGCCUGCCCAUCACGAGGGGGGAGGGACCCUUCGGGAUGAUCAUUGUCCCGUCGCGAGAGCUCGCCACGCAGACGUGGGAGGUGGCGCGCGGGAUCGCAACCGCCGUCGCCGCCGCCGACGGCACCGAGCUGCGCUCUGUCUGCUGCAUCGGCGGCCAAAACGUAAAGGAGCAGAUGGACACGAUCCGGCCGGGCGUGCACAUGGUGAUCGCGACUCCGGGCCGGCUGGGCGACAUGCUCGAGAAGAAGCGCUUCUCGCUCGACGUCUGCCGCUACUUGGCGCUCGACGAGGCGGAUCGACUCAUCGGCGAGCCCGCCUUCGAGGAGGAGGUGCGCAAGAUCCUCGACUUUUUCACCGGGCAGAGGCAGACCCUCCUCUUCUCGGCAACUAUGCCCGCCAAGAUCCAGUCCUUCGCCCGCUCGGCGCUCGCCCGGCCGCCAGGCUCUCUUCUGCGAUCUACGGCGCUCCCGGUGAUCGUCAACGUCGGCAGGGCGGGAGCCGCCAACUUGGACGUGAUCCAGGAGGUCGAGUACGUCAAGCAGGAGGCGAAGAUGCUCUACUUGCUCGAGUGCCUCCAAAAGACGGCGCCGCCCGUCCUCAUCUUCUGCGAGUCCAAGUCCGACGUCGACGAGAUCCACGAGUACCUGCUCAUCAAGGGCGUCGCCGCCACACUGAUCGCUGUAGGCAUCCACGGCGGCAAAGACCAGGAGGAGCGCCAGCUCGCAAUCAACAUGUUCCGCACCGGAAAGAAGGACGUCCUCAUCGGGACCGACGUCGCCUCGAAGGGGCUCGACUUCCCCGACAUCCAGCACGUGAUCAACUACGACAUGCCCAAGGAGAUUGAGAACUACGUCCACCGCAUCGGACGCACCGGCCGCUGCGGAAAGACGGGCGUCGCCACAACCUUCAUCAACAAGUCGUGCGAGGACUCGGUCCUGCUCGACCUCAAGCACCUCCUCAUCGAGGCGAAGCAGCGCAUCCCGCCCGUCCUCGCCACCCUCGAGGACCCGUUCGCCGCCGACGACGGCGCCGACGAGCUGACCAAGGGCUGCGCCUUCUGCGGAGGCCUCGGCCACCGCGUGACGACGUGUCCAAAGCUGGAGGCGCACCGGAUGAAGCAGAUGAUGGGAACCAAGGACACGGGCCUCGCCGACGGAGGCUACUCCGGGGGCGGCAUGGGCGGCGCGGCCACAGACUGGUGACGAGAGGGGAGGUCCCAGGGCGCCAUGUACGUUGCAUUGUCCGUGUCUUUCGCCAUCUAGUUCUCUCCUCCUCUCGUCAUGUCUACAGUUCUCGUUCUCUCUCUAUGACGCAUAUGUUGGCGGCGCUGGUGGUUGUUGGGGAUAGGUGUGUGUAUGCGUGGUAUGGGGGGGCGUCUGAGCAGGGCCGUGAUACUGUACCGGCUACCGCCACAAAACGACAUGUAUCUCAUCUACCCCUGCCCCUCUCCGCCUCCGGCAGCGCGCCGGCACCGAGCCACUGCGCCAGAUACACAUAACACAAGGAACACGACACACAUUGCACACAAAAUCAAAAGUCUCAAGUGAAGAGACGCAAGCGAGGCGCCCCUCGCCCACCGAUGCCGCCUCGGCCGCAACGGCACGCACGCACCAGGCGCGCCCUCUCCGCGGCGGGGAAACGCACAAGGCGCGGGGCCGGCGCGGUGACUAAGUGUCGGCCUUUAGCGUUUUGAUCAUCGGGAUCGGCGCUAGGUUGAGCUUGAUGAGGCCAGCCUUGAGCUCCGCCUUGUCGAUCACGCCGUUGCCGUCCGUGUCGAGCUCGUUGAAGAGCGCAUUGAUAGCCUCAUCGUCGACGUCCUUCUCGGCCGCCACCGGCUUGGUCGGCGCGGCCGUGGCCGCGCUCACGUCCUUGCCGAUCUGGGAGGCGACCUCGUCGAUGAACUGCUCGGUGGUCAGGCCGCUGGGGCCGCACAGGUCGCGCGUGCCCUUGCCCUCCACCAUGCACUUGUGCACGAUCUUGCGCAGCGAGGCGGUGAAGUCCUUCACGUCUUCACGGCCGCCGGCGAGGUCCGCGGAGUGGUCCAUCGCGCCGAAGAGCGCCUCCACCAUGCCGAGCGGGUUGAGCGAGGUCUCCUCGCCCCGCAAACGCGCCGCGUCCAUGUCCGCGACGGUGCCGUGCGACGCCUCGUACUCCUUGAUGAUCU